UGCAAAGCAAAGGGGACACGGCCACGGAUUUAGAUAAGGAUUAUCGCUGUUACAGUGGUUUCACAGCUAUGCAAAAUAAGAAAAUGCAAGAGGAUUAGUGACACACAUCAAGCGGAGCAAAAUAGCAAAACAGAGUGAGAAAGCGAGAUGCGGCUCGCCUCAGAGAUGAAAGAGAUGCUCAUGUUCAACCCAAGCAAAUCGCAAGCCAUCAAACACAUUUAAUGUGCUACAAGAUUGCAAUUCUUCACUGCUGAAGAGUGUUUGGAGAAGGUUCCCUGAAGUCUUUGAGCUGUAAGAGCUCUGAGUACAUCCUGCCACAAGUACUUCUGUCAUCAAGGCAAUGUAACGCCACAAUCGGGCUUUCGCUUAAUCCUCUCACAGGUAAACGGCGGGACAUUUUGCCGGAGGAAUUUUUGUGCUCAAAGAGUCCUUAAACAGAAUGUGAAUAAGGUUUCGGUGACAGAGCUGUCUGGAGAAUGAAGCUACUGGAAUAGAAAUCUAUCUUUUUUUUUGUUGCUGGAACAAUGGCAGAAUGAAACCGUAGAAUCCUGAAUUUCUUCACUGGAGGGAGGGCAACAUGGCAAAGCCCUUCUACAGGCUUCAGCGCUUCUUGCGACGGACUCAACUGCUCUUCUUGUUCCUCGGUGUUGCUUACAUUAUGGCUGGAAGUGUCCUUCUUCUGCAGAGACAUGGACUGGUGGUAUCACAGCGUGGGAUGAGUAGUUAUUACCCACUGCCAUCUUUGCCGUCUCCUCCCAGAGCCCUGGAGGCACCUGCCCUGCGGACGAGUUAUGGAAUAAUGGGUGCUCGGCUCGCUGGAAAAGGGGUGGGAUACCAAAACGCUUUGACCGAAGACAUCGAUGGGCCACAAUGGCUCAUCUCGCGAAACCAGGAGAUCCGACAUCUGAGGCGCCGCUGGUUCCACAGCCUCAUGUCUGAACAGGAAGCAUCCAGAGUGGAGAAAGUCCUUCCGAAGAGAAAAAUUCGACACAAAGGGACGUACUUGGGCUGCUUUCUGGAUGACGCCAAGGAGCGGGCGCUCAAAGGAAUGGUUUUCUAUGAUUUCCGGAAAAUGACCAGCACAUUGUGUCAAGACACCUGCACGGAAAGCGGGUACCAGUUCGCUGGCCUUGAAUAUGGGUCCGAGUGUUACUGUGGAAACCGCAUCACAAGCGCCCGCAUGAAAGAGGAGGAGUGUAACUUGGACUGUAAAGGUGAGAAGGGCUCCAUCUGUGGAGGAGUGAGCCGUCUGUCUGUCUACAAGGUGGAGGAGCUGCUGCCUGGACAGAGGAGAUACAGGAACGUGCGCUACCGAGGCUGUUUCAAAAAACCUGACAAUACCACCGCAGCAUCCCUGGCUCACGCUGUCCAACCAAACCUCACCUCGCAGUGGUGCAUCCAGACUUGCAUGGAUCAGGAGUUUCCUCUGGCCCUGGUCAGGAAGCCGGACUGUUUCUGUGGUUUCGCCACUCCUCGCUUCACCCUUCACGAGCCAUUAAAAGAGGAGCUCUGCGCUGUAGAAAACAGCAGUCUGUCCACCCAGAGCUCCCAUCAACUCUUCCUUCAGGUCUAUCAGACACCUGUUCAAGAUUCCAGAUGCACAGAUAAGAGGUUUUUGCCUGAGAAGUCAAGCACACUGGUGGCUCUGUCCAGUUUUCCUGGAGCUGGAAACACCUGGGUCAGGCACCUGAUCGAGCUCGCCACCGGCUACUACACAGGCAGUUACUACUUCGACGGCACCCUCUACAAUAGAGGCUUCAAGGGUGAGAAAGAUUACUGGAAGAGCGGACGAACCAUCUGCGUGAAGACACACGAGAGCGGCCAGCGGGAUAUAGAGAUGUAUGACUCAGCAAUACUGUUGAUAAGAAACCCCUACCGCUCGCUCAUGGCUGAGUUCAACCGCAAGUGUGCUGGGCAUCUGGGCUACGCUUCUGAUCAGCACUGGAAGGGCAAAGAGUGGCCAGAGUUUGUGGGUAGUUAUGCCUCCUGGUGGGCCUCUCAUGUGCUGGAUUGGCUGCGCUUUGGAAGGAAGCUUCUGGUGGUGCAUUAUGAGGAUCUGCAGCAGUCACUGGUGCCAACUUUACAAUCCAUCACCUCUUUCCUCAACACCAGCGUCAAUGAAGAGCAUCUCCUCUGUGCCGAAUGCAACAAGGACGGUCACUUCAAGCGCUCAGGUGCCCGGCGGCCCGCUUUCGACCCCUUCACCGCAGAUAUGAAGCGGCUGAUAGAUGGCUAUAUCAAUACUGUGGACCAGGCUCUGAGAGCCAGCAACCAUUCUGGAUUACCACAAGAAUACCUUCCUAGAUGAUAAGUCCACAAGUAAAGCAUUCACUGAUAAACUCACUCACUGAGGCUGAAAAUAACAGCAUGCGGUGCUGUUCUCCACUGGUGCGCUUUGAGACCGUCAUGUUUUAACGGCGGUCUGUAGAUCAGAGACUGUCGAUUAUAAAAAUAGAGCCUGACAAAAACAUCUCUAGUCAGAGGCUAAAUAAGUUUAGCUUUUUCCUUUGGGUGGAAACUUGAGUGCUUAAUUACAUCCUUCAACCACAAGUCAAUAAGAGGCCUAAUAAACAACUAACGCAAUCACUUAUGAACUAAUGUGAGUGGUAGAUCAUAACCACAUGUCAGACAUAAUAACAACAACAUCAGUUUAGUUUUUUUUUAAGAUUUCAAAAAAGCUUAAAGGGAGCUAAAAUUAACACCAGAGGCCAAAAUAUUCAAAUCAAUUGCUGUUUAUUUCUAGAUAUAAUAAUCAACACUUAAAAAGACUAUGCCAAUGUGUAAACUGAAUAAAAGCAUACACAUUUAAAGUGUAUGCUUAACGUAUGCAUGUUUUAACGGCAGUCUGUAGAUCAGACUUGAUGAUACAAAUUCAGUCAGGCAGAUCUGAGAAUCAAAAACAUCUCCAGUCAGAGGUUAAAUAGGUUUGCUUACUCCUUUGUGAGGAUACUUGAGUGCUUAAUCGCAUCCUUCAACUACAAGUCAACAAGAGGCCUAAUAAACAACAGAUGUAAUUGCUUAUGAACUAAUGUGACAUGAGUGGAAGAUCAUAAUGAUCCGUUGGAUACAAUGACAAGAGCAUUGUUUUAUUUUUAUAAUGUAGAGGUGUGACAGUACACCAAAAUGAUUCUUUUUAAGUAAAUCCAGUUAUACUAAAGUCAGUUAUAAUAAAUUCGGUAAUAAUUACUAUUUUCUUCAAGAUGAAAUAAUAUAUAAUAAAUAAAUAUCCGUUACAUACUCCAGAUCACAGACUAUUAUGUUCAAUUGCUGUUUAUUUUUUAGGUUUAAUAAUUUCUUAUAUAUUCUGUAAAAGAGAGUAAGAUAGUCCUACUGGUGCUCAAAUUAAGGAAUUACUAAACAGUGCUGUGUGUAGAUAAGAUUAUAUAUAUAUACAUGGGCACCACUGGGGGGAAGUUAGGAUGAUUCUAAAGCUCCAUGCCAUUUUGGGGCGCCCAGUGUUACCCAACCGGGCCCUAAUCUAUAUAAAUAAAGAGAGAGAAAGAGUUGUGUAAAACAUAUGCCACUGUUCUGUAGAUUUGUCCUAUCUUGUCAGAUUGUCCUACCUCCUAGUCAAAAAGUAGCUAGCACAUUUUGAUGACGCAAUUUGUUAUCCAUCAGAUUUUGCUACCUGUGUAAAUUUGAAUGUGGAGUAGAGUGGCUGUAAUCUUGCCCUAACCUACCUAAUCCCUAACCCCAACCUCAGAACCAUUCAAAUACAUUUAUUCAUUAAUUUUCUUUUCGGCCUAGUCCAUUCACUAAUCCAGGGUCGCCAUAGUGGAAUGAACCGGCAAUUUAUCCAGCAUAUGUUUUACACAGCGGAUGCCCUUCCAGCCGCAACCCAUCACUGGGAAUCAUCCAUACACACUCAUUCACACACAUACACUACGGCCAAUUUAGCUUGCCCAAUUCACCUGUACCACAUGUCUUUGAACUGUAGGGGAAACCGGAGAAUCCAGAGGAAAUCCAUGCGAACAUGGGGAGAACAUGCAAACUUCACACAGAAAUGCCAACUGGUCCAGCCGGGGCUCAAACCAGCGACCUUCUUGCUGUGAGGCGAUUGUGCUAACCACUAGUAGUGCUAUCAAAUACAGUGGUAUAAUCAGCAUAAUAUGAUGGGUAGGAUAAAAUGUCAGGGCACCGGAAUAGUUGGCAGUUCAUUCCGCUGUGGCAACCCCUGAAAAAAUAAGGGACUAAG